AUUCUAAUAAUAAUCCUAUGCAAAAUUCUACUAAUUUUCCUUUUCCCUAUCCAAAUUUCAACAAUAAUCCUACGCAAAAUUCUACUAAUUACCCUUUUCCCUAUCCAAAUCCCAACAAUUAUCAAUUUCAAAAUCCAUCUUUCAACCAACCUCAAAAUUUCAAAAUCCAUCUUUCAACCAACCUCAAAAUCCCUACGGCGUGGGAAGGUCAAUUUACUCGAGGCGAUAAGGGAACCACCACUGUUAUUCUUGAAGCAGUGGCAUCUCAUGAUCUAUGGAUCUGGCAUGCUUUUUUUGGAUGUCCCGGCACCUUGAACGAUAUAAACGUUCUAGACCGUUCACCGGUUUUUGAUGAUGUUGAACAGGGAAAUACUCCAAGAGUCAAAUUCUUCGUGAACCAACGUCGAUAUGAUAUGGCAUACUAUCUAGCUGACGGUAUUUAUCCUUCUUAUCCCACUUUUGUUAAAUCGAUUACGCUGCCUCAAAGUGAACAAGACAAGUUAUUUGCACAACGUCAGGAGGGAUGUCGCAAGGACAUUGAACGUGCAUUUGGAGUGUUGCAGGCUCGAUUUAAAAUUAUUCGUGAACCAGCUCGCAUGUGGGACAUAACCGAUUUGGCUAUCAUCAUGAGGUCAUGUAUCAUAUUGCAUAAUAUGAUUGUUGAGGAUGAACGAGAGACAUAUGCUCAACAUUGGAAUGAUUAUGAUCAAUCUGAGGCAAGUGGGUCUAGUACACAACAACCAUUUUCGACCGAAGUGCUACCCGUAUUUGCAAAUCAUGUGCAUGCUAGAUCCGAUUUGCGUGAUUCAAAUGUACAUCACGAACUUCAAGCAGAUCUAGUCAAACACAUAUGGGCACAGAGGGGAAUGUUCGGUGGUGAAUGAGAUUUAUAAGUUUGUGAGUUGAGAUUAUUGUACUAAUUAAGUUAUGAGUAUUUCCUUACUUGUAUUGUGUGCUUAUUGUAUUGCAUUUUAAGUUUCUCAUCAAUGUAUGUGUUUUAUUAACGACUAUUUGUAUUUCUCGUUUUUAUUAUUUAUAAAAUAAAAUAAAUUGCGUUUAGAUAAAAAUUAUUUGGUUCAAUUAUUUCGACUUGUUGAAUUGUAC